ACUGACAGUCAUACAAGGGGCUGCCUGACAGGACAGAGAACACUUCCUAAAAUAAGGGAGGCUUUUCUUCUUUUCUUCUUUCUUUUUUUUAAUAAAUCCAAGAUGCCCGAACAAAUGAGGAACUUUCCUAAGCAUUUAUCAAGCUGCAGAGAACAUUGGUGAAUUAAAGAAAUCAUCUGAAACCCUGAAGAAAAGCAUUCAGUCAGCAAAGGAGUCAAUCAGGAUGAGAUCUCCAGUAAUUCCAGGUUUGGUUAAAAGUUCUGCAUCAUGAACGUUUUGUGCCUUUGAAACUUCUGAAGACCUGAUUUUCAGAUCAACCCUGCAAUCUCCCAACCACUGGAUGGGGAGCACCACCAUUCUCCCUCGUGGUGCCCUAGCCAUGGGGGUAGCCCGUGCCAUUCGCCGAUUCAGCACAGAAAUCCCUGAUCCACUCCGUGAAGAAGAAGAAUCAGGACUAACUCAGGGUAUGAGACCAACCCCCUAUCGUAAUGGAAAAGUACACACAAGGCCUGUCCGUCAGCGCAGCCGCUUUGUACAGAAAGAUGGCCAUUGCAAUAUAGAAUUUAUUAAUCUCAGUGAGAAGAGCCAACGAUACCUGACUGACCUUUUUACCACAUGUGUGGAUAUUCGCUGGAGGUGGAUGUUUCUCAUAUUUUCCUUUACUUUUGUAGUUUCCUGGCUCAUUUUUGGCUUCUCUUUCUGGCUUAUUGCCUCAAUGCAUGGGGACUUGGCUCCACCACCUGAACCAGGCUCAGAGGAAACCCCUCUGCCUCCAUGUUUUUUACAAGUCACCAGCUUCAUGGCAGCCUUUCUUUUUUCCUUAGAAACUCAAACUUCCAUUGGCUAUGGAUUUCGAAGUGUUACAGAGGAAUGCCCGUUAGCAGUAUUGACAGUGGUACUGCAGUGCAUUGUGGGAUGCAUUAUUGAUGCCUUCAUAAUUGGAGCCAUCAUGGCAAAAAUUGCUAAACCUAAAAAGAGAAAUGAAACUCUUGUGUUCUCAGAAAAUGCAGUAAUUGCUUUAAGAGACGGCAAAUUGUGUCUCAUGUGGAGAGUUGCAAAUCUUCGGAAAAGCCAUUUAGUAGAAGCACAUGUACGAGCGCAGCUCCUGCAGCCGAGAGUCACCCCUGAAGGAGAAUACCUUCCACUGGACCAUACAGAUAUCAAUGUUGGAUUUGACAAUGGUACAGACAGAAUAUUCUUGGUAUCUCCAGUCACCAUUGUUCACGAAAUUGAUGAAGAAAGCCCUUUGUAUGAGUAUGGCAAGGCAGAUUUGGAAACUGCCAACUUUGAGUUGGUAGUCAUCCUAGAAGGCAUGGUGGAGGCUACAGCAAUGACUACACAGUGUCGGAGUUCUUAUCUUCCCUCAGAGAUCCUAUGGGGUUGUAGGUUUGAACCAGUCCUAUUUGAGAAACGUAAUCACUAUGAGGUGGACUACCUACACUUUCAUCGCACGUAUGAAGUCACAAAUACACCCAUAUGUAGCGCCAAAGAGCUUUCUGAAAGGAAAUACUCAAUGGUGGCUAAUAGUUCAUUCUGCUAUGAGAAUGAAGUGGCUCUUACCUGCAUCUGUGAUGAGGAACAAUCUGCCCUUGUGGACACAAAAUCCUUGAAUCAGGAGGUUUCACUUGAGUUAGACAUGCUUAGGGUUGUGGAUCCCUUAGAAGAAAUAUUUCUAACAUGAUUUGCUGGGUGAUUCUACUUUGACCAUUAAUGGGUGAGGAUUGAGGGUGAAAAUGGAGAUUGGAACUCACCAUCUCAUGGAAAUAUAUUUGCAGGAGAAUACAUCUUUUUACUCCUUCUUUUACGGUAUGUGACAAAAAGGCUUUUUGGUCACAGGGAAAGUAAUUUUUAUCUGAACAAAGGAUUUGAAUUAUCUAAACAAAGCUCCCUUUGGUAUUUCUUUGCCAGCAGCUUUGUGAAAGUGGUCACAACCUUAAUGACAAGUCAAUCAAAAUUAUUUGCUUUCUGAUACUAGAUUGCUAUCUUUCUUUUCCUUCUUUUAAAAAAUGCUGCUUAUUCUUUGUUUGGUGAUCCUGAGUAGCCAAUAAUUUAUUACUCACAUGUAAUACAAGUUGUAACUAUGGGACAAAGAAAGUAUCAGCAAAGUCGGCUUACUAUGAAAUUCUCAUAACCAUGACUAGUGUGUCUUGUUCUGACUAGGGCACCUUAUUGACUUCUAUGAAGUGUAGAAACACAAGCCGCUUUGAAUAUCAUGUAAACAUUUGCUGAGAAGUACAAUUCAACGAAGUUUGAAAGCCAAAUAAAACCAAAUGCAACAUUGAAACUUUAAAGGGAACCAGUCACCUGCAAAACACAUA